AUGCCUCAAUAUAAACUUCACUAUUUCGAUAUUUAUGGCCGAGCCGAGCCAAUUCGAAUUCUUUUUUAUUUGGGCGGAGUCGAAUAUGAAGAUCGACGAUGGAGUUUCGCCGAAUGGCCUGAAAUUAAGAAAGAACCAAUCUUCACAUUUGGCCAGGCUCCACUGCUUGAAGUAGACGGAAAACCGUUGGCCCAAACAAUUGCCAUCGCUCGUUUUGUCGCGAAUCAAGUUGGCUACGCCUCAAAGGACGAAUUCGAGGCGGCCCGCCAGGACUCGAUCGUCGAUUUUAUUAGUGACUACCAAGAGAAACUCGUCCCAUGGUAUCGUAUCAAGUUGGGCUUUUUGCCCGGUGAUGAGCAAGCUGAACUCGAGAAACUCAAGCCGGCUCAAGUCGAUUUUUUCACGAAAUUGAGCGACAUUUUGGAGAAGGAAGGAACCGGAUAUUUGGUCGGUUCCUCGCUUUCAUGGGUUGAUAUUAUACUCUACCAUCACAAUUAUCUCUUCAAUUUGGUCAUUCCCGGAUAUUUUGAUGAUUAUAAAGUGGUUGCCGAUUUCAAUAAACGCAUCGAGAAUCUGCCGAAAAUCCAAGAAUACUUGGCUCAACGAAAACAAUGCGAACGA